AUGACUUUGAGACGACAGCUGACAUCAGUUACGACUGACGUCACAUCCAGUCCAUUCUGGAAGGACAUCGAGACUGUGCUGACUCCUUGUCGCUCAGCAGAUGACAGUGUGGACUCCGGCAUUGGAUCAAGCGUUAAACUAUCGCGUCCAGCCGACGCCGAUGAAGCGCAGUCGCCGUUGAAAAAGAAAUCUAAAAGCGAUGACGUCAUAACUGAAGCUCCCUCAACUGAUGACAUCAUAACCGCCGUUGAGCGUCUGGAAUCACAUGACCUGAUAGCCGAUGGAUCACGUGGCUACACACUUCCCACAAUCCCUGGUAAACACAGCGACCUCAAAUCCAUCAGCGCAGACACGAUGGCGGGAGUCUUGAAUGGAGUCUACAGCGACCGCCUGCAUAAGCCGACGAUCGUGGACUGUCGAUAUCCGUACGAGUUCGAAGGAGGUCACAUCCGCGGUGCAGUUAACAUGUACACGAGGGACGCUGUAAAUAGUCUCCUGGAGACCCAGACGACAGCAGCGAAACGUCACGUGCUCAUCUUCCACUGUGAAUUCUCGUCCGAGCGCGGACCAAGAAUGUACCGGCACUUGCGCAGUCAGGAUCGAGCCUUGAAUCAGGAUCAUUACCCGAAACUGAACUUCCCGGAAGUGUACCUCCUCCACGGUGGAUACAAAGCCUUCUAUGAAUCCCACGGUGACCUAUGUGACCCCGAUAGCUACACUCCCAUGUUGCACCUAGAUCACUGCGCGGACCUACGUCACUUCCGUGUCAAGUCCAAAACGUGGACCGCCGGUAGUGAGAAAGUCAGCAGCAGGCGACAUCGCAGUCGGAUUUUCCCUUCCGGUCUAGACUUUUAGUAACGUUAGAUAUUAUUUGUACGUGUGCCAUUGUUAUAAC